GGUCACGUGGGGGCACUGCAGGAUUUAAGCUUAAUCUUCUGGGUGCUUAGCAAAGCGGCCUGGCAUUAAGAUGUGCCCUAGAGAGGAAGACUGUGGGGUACCCACAAAUUCCCCCUCUUCCUUAUGAACCUGGGACUAGCGGGGUCACUGCAGGCCCAGAUAGCACUGGAGACUGCGAUCCAGUCAUUGGAGAGUUAUGUCCUGGAGCCAGGCCAAGAGAAGGGCCUGAGUGUGCAGGACCUGGCUCAGGAGUCCCCAUGCACCAGCCUGCCCACCUGCAUCAGGCAGAUCGUCACCCGGAACCUCUCCCAGCCUGAGAGCCCAGCCCCACCGCAGGUCCCAGUGAUGACCUCCAUGCUGUCACUACAAGAGGAAAACCAGCUGCUGCAGCAGGAGCUGUCCCGAGUGGAGGACCUGCUGGCCCAGAGCCGAGCUGAGCGUGAUGAGCUAGCCAUCAAGUAUAAUGCCGUCAAUGAGAGGCUGGAGCAGGCUGUGCGGCUGGAGUCUGGGGAGCUGGAGGCACAGGAGCCCAGGGGGCUGGUGCGUCAGAGUGUGGAGCUGCGGAGGCAGCUGCAGGAGGAACAGGCCUCCUACCGGCGUAAGCUGCAGGCCUACCAGGAGGGCCAGCAGCGGCAGGCCCAGCUUGUGCAGCGGCUGCAGGCCAAGAUUCUCCAGUACAAGAAGAAAUGCUCAGAGCUGGAGCAGCAGCUGCUGGAUAAGUCCACCGAGCUGGAGCAGCAGCGGCUGAGGGACACAGAGCACAGCCAAGACCUGGAGAGUGCCCUUCUGCGCCUGGAGGAGGAGCAGCAGAGGAGUGCCAGUCUGGCCCAGGUGAACGCUAUGUUGAGAGAGCAGCUGGACCAGGUAGGCUCGGCCAACCAGGCCCUGAGCGAGGACAUUCGAAAAGUGACCAGUGACUGGACCCGUAGCUGCAAGGAACUGGAGCAGCGGGAGGCAGCAUGGAGGCGUGAGGAGGAGUCCUUCAACGCCUACUUCAGCAGCGAGCACAGCCGCCUGCUGCUCCUGUGGAGACAGGUCAUGGGGCUCCGACGGCAGGUCAGCGAGGUGAAGAUGGGCACAGAGAGGGACCUGCUGCAGCUGGGAGGGGAGCUGGUUCGGACAUCCCGGGCUGUCCAGGAGGCAGGCCUGGGGCUGCGUGCCAGUCUACAGCGCUCUGAGAGCCGAACCGAGGCGGCUCUGGAGAAGCAGGCACUGCUGCAGGCUCAGCUAGACGAGCAGCUGCGGGCCAAGCUGCUUCGGGAGAAGGACCUGGCCCAGCUGCAGGUGCAGAGUGACCUAGACAAGGCUGACCUCAGUGCCAGAGUGACAGAGCUGGCUCUGUCCGUGGAGCGUCUUCAGAAUCUGAACACAGAGAAAGAACAGGUCAACAGGACCCUCUCUGACAAGCUGGAGGCCCUGGAAUCUUUGCGGCUACAGGAGCAGGCAGGCUUAGACACUGAGGAUGGAGAGGCGCUGCAGCAGACCCUGAGGGACCUGGCUCAGGCCGCCCUAUCGGACACUGAGAGCGGAGUCCAGCUCAGCGGCUCCGAGCGCACUGGGGACACCUCGGAAGGCAGCCUGCGGGGACUCUCGGGCCUGCGCACCCCAUCUCCACCUCGGCGCUCCUCACCGGGUCGUGGCCGUUCCCCGCGCCGAGGCCCGUCUCCGGCCUGCUCAGACUCCUCCACUCUCACGCUGAUCCACUCUGCCCUGCACAGACGCCAGCUGCAGGUCCAGGAUAUGCGUGGGCGCUACGAAGCCAGCCAGGACCUGCUAGGCACUGUGCGGAAGCAGCUCAGUGACAGCGAGGGUGAGCGGCGUGGGCUGGAGGAGCAGCUGCAGCGCCAGCGGGAUAAGACCGAUGCUGCUGCCCAGGCCCAAGAGGACAUGCAUCGAGAGGCCCAGCGCCUGCGGAGCGCCAACGACCUCCUGAGCAGGGAGAAGAGCAGCCUGACUCACAGCCUGCAGGUGGCCCAGCAGCAGGCUGAGGAGCUGCGUCAGGAGGUAGAGAAGCUGCAGGUGGCUCAAGAGGAGCUGCGGCGGCAGCACAACCAGCUGGAGGAGCAGCAGGAGGACACAGUGCAGGAGGGUGCCCGGGCCCGCAGGGAGCUGGAGCGCAGCCAUAGGCAGCUGGAACACCUGGAAGUGAAGCGCUCAGGGCUAGUGAAGGAGCUCGUGGAAGUGCGGGAGGCACUGAGCCUGGCCACACUGCAGCGGGACGUGCUACAGGCUGAGAAGGCCGAGGUGGCUGAUGCUCUGACCAAGGCCGAGGCUGGUUGUGUGGAGCUGGAGCUCUCCAUGACCAAGCAGAGAGCAGAGGAGGCCUCCUUGAGGGAUUCCUUGUCCAAGCUGAGUGCCCUCAAUGAGAGCCUUGCCCAGGACAAGCUGGGACUAAACCGCCUCAUCGCCCAGCUGGAGGAGGAAAAGGUGGCCCUGCUGGGCAGGCAGCAACAGGCAGAGCAUGACACCACCCUGGCUCUGGAGGAGCAGGAGCGGCUGGAGCAGCUGAGGCUGGAGCAGGAGGUGGAGCGGCAGGGCCUGGAGGGCUCCCUGUAUGUGGCAGAGCAGGCUCGGGAGGCCCUGGAGCAGCAGCUCCUCACACUUCGCAGUGAACGCAGCCGCCUGCAGGAGCAGCUGGCCCAGCUCUCCCGGCAGUUGAAUGGGCGGGAGCAGGAGCUGGAGCAGGUCCAGCGAGAGUCACAACGGCAGGUGGAGGCUCUGGAGCGUGCAGCCCGGGAGAAGGAGGCAUUGGCUAAGGAGCGGGCUGGCCUGGCUGUGCAGCUGGCAGCAGCGGAACGUGAGGGUCGGACCCUGUCAGAGGAGGCCAUUCGCCUGCGCUUGGAGAAGGAAGCCCUGGAGAGCAGCCUGUUUGAUGUGCAGAGGCAGCUGGCUCAGCUCGAGGCCCGCCGGGAACAGCUAGAAACGGAGGGACAAGCCCUGCUGCUGGCCAAGGAGACCCUGAGUGCGGAGCUGGCAGGCCUGCGGCAGCAGGUAGCAACCACAGAAGAGAAAGCAGCUCUGGACAAGGAGCUGAUGGCCCAGAAGCUGGUGCAGGCCGAGCGGGAGGCACAGGCCUCUCUGCGAGAGCAGCGAGCAGCCCACGAGGAAGACCUUCAGCGACUCCAGCAUGAGAAGGAGGCAGCAUGGCGGGAGCUGCAGGUAGAGCGGGCCCAGCUGCAGGGCCAGCUGCAGAGGGAGCGGGAGGAGCUGCUGGCACGGAUGGAGGCCGAGAAGGAAGAGCUGAGUGAGGAGAUUGCUACACUGCAGCAGGAGCGGGAUGAGGGCCUUCUCCUGGCUGAGACUGAGAAGCAGCAGGCCUUGUCCCUGAAGGAGUCAGAGAAAACAGCGCUGUCUGAGAAGUUGAUGGGGACCCGGCACAGUCUGGCUGCUAUCUCUCUGGAGAUGGAACGGCAGAAGCGAGAUGCCCAGAGCCGGCAGGAGCAGGACCGGAACACCAUGAACACCCUGAUGUCUGAGUUGCGGGACCUCCGGGCUCAACUGGAGGAGGCUGCUACAGCCCAUGCUCAGGAGGUGAAAGUACUUAAGGAGCAGGCAGGGGACCUGGGCAGGCAGCGGGAGUCCUGUGUGCGUGAGGCAGAAGAGCUUCGGACUCAGCUGCGCCUUUUGGAGGACACCCAUGAUGGGUUGCGGAGGGAGUUGCUGGAAGCCCAGCGCAAGGUUCGGGACAGCCAGGAAGGCUGUGAGACCCAACACCAGGAGGUCAGCGAACUGAGGCGCAGUCUGAGUGAGGGUGCCAAGGAGCGAGAGGCCCUGCGGCGCUCCAACGAGGAGCUGAGGGCUGCUGUGAAGAAGGCUGAGAGUGAGCGCAUCAGCCUGAAGCUUACCAGUGAGGACAAGGAGCAGAAGCUGGCCCUCUUGGAGGAGGCUCGGGUGGCUGUGGGCAAGGAGGCUGGAGAGCUGAGGGCCAUGCUGCAAGAAGUGGAGCGUUCCCGGCUGGAGGCUCGGCGAGAGCUUCAGGAGCUGAGGCGGCAGAUGAAGACACUGGAAAGUGACAAUGCCAGGCUGGGCCGGGAGUUGGCAGACCUGCAGGGCCGCCUGGCCCUGGCUGAGCGGGCAGAGAAGGAGAGCCGGCGAGAGGCCCUGGGCUUUCGGCAGAAGCUGCUGAAAGGGGAGGCCAGCCUGGAGGCCUUGCGGCAGGAGCUGCAGGGAUCCCAGCGGAAGCUGCAGGAGCAGGAGGGCGAGUUCCGGGCCCGUGAGCGAGGCCUGCUGGGCUCCCUGGAGGAGGCGCGCGCCGCCGAGAAGAAGCAGCUGGACGUGGCCCGCAGCCUGGAGCUGAGGCUGGAAGCGGCGAAGGCCGAGGCCGCGGAGCUGGGGCUGCGGCUGAGCGCGGCCGAGGGCCGGGCGCAGGGCCUGGAGGUGGAGCUGGCCCGCGUGGAGGCGCAGCGGCGGGUAGCCGAGGCCCAGCUAGGCGGCCUGCGCUCCGCCCUGCGCCGGGGCCUGGGCCUGGGCCGCGCGCCCAGCUCGCCAGCGCUGGACGCUGGAGGAAGCGGGGAUGGUCUCAGCAGCCCCAGUUCCUUGGAACGCAACCCUCGGUCUCAGCCAUCAUCCCCAGGGACUGCUACCUUCCCAGCACCUGCAGACCUGGAUCCCGAGGCAGUGCGAGAGGCCCUCCGAGACUUCCUACAGGAGCUGCGGAGUGCCCAGCGGGAGCGGGAUGAACUUCGGACCCAGACCAGCACCCUGAGUCGACAGCUGACCGAAGUGGAGGCAGAGAGGGACAGUGCGACCUCAAGGGCCAGACAGCUGCAGAAGGCAGUGGCUGAGAGCGAGGAAGCUCGGCGCAGUGUAGACGGGCGGCUGAGUGGGGCCCAGGCGGAACUGGCACUGCAGGAGGAGAGUGUGCGGCGCAGCAAGCGGGAGUGCAGGGCCACGCUGGACCAGAUGGCUGUGCUGGAGAGGAGCCUGCAGGCCACUGAGAGUGAACUCCGGGCCAGUCAGGAGAAGAUCAGCAAGAUGAAGGCCACCGAGGUGAAGCUGGAGAGUGACAAGCGGCGGCUAAAGGAGGUGCUGGAUGCCUCCGAGAGCCGCUCCAUCAAGCUGGAGCUACAGCGGCGUGCUCUGGAGGGCGAGCUACAGCGCAGCCGCCUGGGCCUCAGUGACCGUGAGGCCCACGCCCAGGCCCUCCAGGAUCGGGUGGAUUCCCUGCAGAGACAGGUGGCAGACAGUGAGGUAAAGGCGGGGACCUUGCAGCUAACAGUGGAACGGCUAACUGGGGUGCUGACCAAGGUAGAGGAGAGUGAGGGGGUCCUGCGAAGCAAGGUGCAGAACCUGACAGAUGCCCUGGCCCAGAGCAACACCAGCCUCUCCAGCACCCAGGACAAGAAUCUGCACCUGCAGAAGGCCUUGACUGCCUGUGAACAUGACCGCCAAGUGCUCCAGGAACGGCUGGACGCUGCCCGGCAGGCGUUAUCUGAAGCUCGGAGGCAGAGCAGCUCCCUAGGUGAGCAGGUGCAGACGUUGCGGGGAGAGCUGGCUGACCUGGAGCUGCAGCGGGGUGAGGCUGAGGGCCAGCUACAGCAGUUGCAGCAGGUGCUGCGACAGCGGCAGGAAGGCGAGGCCACGGCUCUGCGCACAGUCCAGAAGCUGCAGGAGGAGCGGCGGCUGCUGCAGGAGCGCCUGGGUAGCCUGCAGCGCUCCCUGGCUCAGCUGGAAGCUGAGAAGCGUGAGGUGGAACGCUCGGCCCUGCGACUGGGCAAGGACCGUGUGGCCCUCAGGAGGACGCUGGACAAGGUGGAGCGGGAGAAGCUUCGCAGCCACGAGGACACGCUGCGGUUGAAUGCCGAGAAGGGCCGCCUGGACCGCACACUCUCUGGCGCUGAAUUGGAGCUGGCUGAGGCUCAGCGGCAGAUCCAGCAGUUGGAGGCCCAGGUGGUAGCCCUGGAGCAGAACCACAGUGCAGCCCGGCCGGAGGCAGACGAGCAACAACUAGAGAUGCAGCAGGAAGUGGAGCGCCUGCACAGUGCCCAGGUGCAGACAGAAUGCACCCUGGAGGCUCGGGAGCGGGCCCACCACCAGCGGGUGUCCACGCCGAAGGGACAGUUGCAGCAAGAGCUCCGCAGGACCUCGGCACCCUUCUCCCCCGCCUCUGGCACCUCAGAGAAAUGAGUCCCCUGAAUUCAGCAUCCUGAGCACAGCCAUUGAAGCAGGAGAGGGAGGCUCUUUGCAGCACAGACUGCUCAGGGUCUGGCAUCAGGAUGGGAUGAGGGAUGGGGCAGAGCUGAAGGAUGGAUUCCAGCUCUGGGCUCCACCCACAGUGGCUUCACAUUGCACCCCUCCCCUCAAACCUCUCCAGGCCACUCUCCUGGGAAGAGCCACCCAAUUGCACAAUGUUCUCCUGAGUGGCUGAGCCAGGGGUCAGGAGAGCCAUUGUCUCUGGCCAGCACCCAAGUGGAGCUCCUAGGAAGAGGCCCAGGUCCAGCCUAUUAAGGAGCUCUCUGCCUUAGUUCACUGUUGUCAGGAAGCUCCUCAGCGAGCUUAGAGCCCUUGUAUUUUUGUACCUUUUUAUCAUGUGAACUGUGGAUGGCUGUUGUGCUCUUUGUAACAUGAUGUUUUCUAGAA